GCUAUGUGCCUGUGGAAAUCUGGCCAGAAGGACAGGUACACAGCCCCUGUCUGUGGAUGAGGAUGCCUGCCCACUGGGCCUGCUGCCCGUAGUGUGGCCAGUUCACCACAAGACGCUUGGCAUCACCGACAAACAGGAAACAGGGCUCGGUGCAGUAGGUGGAUGGGUACCUGCUAGGGGAGCCCAGUAGGUAGGGCGGCAGGGGCAGAGCAGCUGGUGGGGCCUCUGAGAAGACUCGCAGUCACAGAGCAGUGCCUGCCCCUGAGCUGGGACCUCACUUUUGGGCAUGUGCCUGCCCAGGGAAGCUGCUGCAUGGUGUGUGGGGUGUGAGCAGGAGUGACAGUGGGAAAGGGCCAGCAACUCAAAUGCUGGAGACCUGAGGAGGCUGUGUGUACGUUUCCUGGGGGAGUGCAGCUUGUGAAGGCCACGCAGCACUGCAGGUAGACUUAGGAAUCAUGCUGGGUGACAGAGGACCGGAACCUGCCUAAUAACAACACUGUUUUGAAGCUUGAAAAUGAAACCACAUAUCUUCAAGGGCAACCGGGGAUGGCCCCACUGCACGCGGCGCUGAGAUGGUGAGACCCCUCCCUAUUCACUGGCUGCCCCAACCUUUCUUGAAGGAGGCCAUCAGGAUGGCUCUGCCUCUCCCCCCUGCCUCCGGCCCCCUGGAAGGCUGUAGGGACCCAGCGUGCUGGCUCCUCCUGCAGCACGGACGGGCCACCUCUCCUCUCCACAGGCUGUCUCUGAUGGGACUGCCAGACAUCUCCAGGCACCAGCUGGCUGGAGACUUAGAUGACACCAAGCAAAGCCUACUUAGUUUAGACUUCCAGGAAUUGUAUGGUGAAAAAAGCAAGCAUGAAGUUGGCAAGCUUGUUUUGUUUUCUGCUUAUCAUUUUUCAAAUUGACUUUGGACAAAAUGAAGACACUCCCAGGAAGCAGAGGAAGAUGUAUCACCGCAGAUGGCAGAGAGGCUCUAUGCCCAGCCAUAGUCCCAGCAGACAGCUUGGACUUCGGCAGUCAGGGACAGCCACAUCGACAGCAGCACAGCCCGUGGUGACUGUGGGUCACAGUGUGGAGGAAAAGUUUGAAUCUUUAUUGAGUGUUCUUGGAGUAGAAUCAAGCUAUAAUGUGCUACCAGGGAGAAAGGGGCACUGUGUGGUAAAUGGGAUGGCCAUGCACAACACAGCCGUGUGGUCCCCUGGGCCCUGCACCACCUGCCUCUGCUACAGCGGAAGAGUGCUCUGUGAUGAGGCCGUGUGCCCCCCACGGGCAUGCCCCCAAACACGCAUACCUGAUGGAGAAUGCUGCCCAGUCUGCUUUGACUCAGAACCAAGAGAACCAUCCAGUGUGCAGCAUACACCACCGCCACCCCUUCAGGAGGAGAGGGACCACACGGGCAGCAAAGAGGGGCUUGGACUGCAGGAGGAGGAAACCAGAGAGGACGCAGAUGGGGGCAGCCUUCCUGACACAAGGCAGUACAGACAAGGUGGGCGGCAGAGCCCUGGAGAGGAGGGGAGGCAUGCCCGCCGACACAGAGGUCCAGCCAGGGAGCAGGUCAAGGGCAAGGAGCAGGACGACGAGGACGACGAGGACAAGGACGAUGAGGACGAGGAUGAGAAGUGGACUGUCAGAAGGGACACGUUCCUGCCACCCUCGCGGCACCCAGGCCCUGCCCUGCCCCAAGCCAUGCCCCGUCUACCCAGCAGCUGCUCCCUGUCUUAUAGGACCAUCAGCUGCAUUAGUGCCCACCUCACACACAUCCCGCCACUCAUGGCACCACAGAUUACAAGUCUGGAGCUCAUUGGCAAUCCCAUCACCUCUGUUCCAGAUGAAGCAUUUAAUGGGUUGCCGAAUUUGGAAAGGCUUGAUCUCAGCAAAAAUAACAUCACCUCUGCAGGCAUGGGUCCAAAAGCUUUCAAGCUUCUGAACAAGUUAAUGCGCCUGAACUUGGAUGGGAACAAGUUGGUAGAGAUUCCUUCCAAACUGCCAUCAACGUUAGAGGAACUGAAAAUUAACGAGAACAACCUUCAGGCUAUCGAUGAAGAGCGCUUGUCAGACUUAAAUCAAUUGGUCACCUUAGAACUGGAAGGAAACAGCCUGAGUGAGGCCAAUGUCAAUCCUUUAGCUUUCAAACCUUUGAAGAGCCUAGCCUACCUGCGUCUGGGAAGAAAUAAAUUUAGAAUUAUACCACAGGGUCUUCCUGCUUCAACUGAGGAAUUAUACCUAGAAAAUAACAACAUUGAAGAAAUAACUGAAAUCUGUUUCAACCAUACCAGAAAGAUCAGUAUCAUUGUACUACGCUAUAAUAAAAUAGAAGAAAACAGGAUUGCUCCUUUAGCCUGGAUCAAUCAAGAAAACCUGGAGUCGAUUGACCUCUCCUACAACAGGCUCUACCACGUCCCCUCCUACCUGCCCAAGUCUCUACUGCACCUGGUGCUCCUCGGGAAUCAGAUCGAGCGCAUCCCUGGCUACGUAUUCGGCCACAUGGAGCCAGGCCUGGAGUACCUCUACCUGUCCUUCAACAAGCUCUCGGAUGAUGGCAUGGACCGCGUCUCCUUCUAUGGGGUAUACCAUUCUCUCAGAGAGCUGUUUCUGGACCACAAUGACUUAAAAUCCAUACCCCCUGGGGUACCGGACAUGAAAGCACUACAUUUUCUGAGGCUGAACAACAACAAGAUACGGAACAUCCUUCCAGAACAAAUUUGCAGUGCUGAAUAUGGUGAUUCAACCCUGGGACAUCUUCAUCUUGAAAACAAUUACAUUAAAACAAGAGAAAUAUCAUCCUAUGCAUUUUCAUGCAUAAGAUCAUAUUCAAGCAUAGUUCUUAAACCACAAAAUAUCAAGUAAUCCAAAUCCCCUUUCAUCUUUUAUAACUGUACUCAUGAGUCUGUGGUAGAGCAUUUGUUAUCAGUAAGGGACACAACCUGGCUCGCCAUCCAGAUGAACAGCCCAAAUCAAUAAGUGGCCUUCCAACAGCUGCAGGGUUUCAGCCUCACACUCCAGAAAGAAGCCACUGCGAAGUCCCUUGUGAGAGGCUCUGCACUGAUGUCUAGACUAGGGGCUCCCUAGGUCCCUGUAAAAGCUAUGUGUGUUAGGGUUCAAAGCCAAGAAGUGUACAGCAGGAAAAAAACACCAGGUAGUAUUUAUGUAUUAAUGUUAUUAUCCUACUGUUAAAAUAUUAAUUUUCUGUAAGACCCUAUGCCUCAAUUAUUGGCAUAAAUACACCUAAUUACCAGCCUAAAUUUAGUUCCUUCUAUUAAUUACAUUGUAAAAUUAAAACACUAUUGUAAUGUUAGUUUCCUGGUUCAGAACUGUACUAUGUUUAUGCAUGUGGGUUAUUAGCAUUAGGGGGAGUUGGAGGAUAAUAUGUGAAUUCUAUACUACUUCUGAAACUUUUCUGUAAGUCUAAACUUUCUGCACAAAACAGUAAAACAGUAUUUUACUAUCACCCUCAUUAUUCUUUACUCAAGAUCAAAAGACUUUAUGGAAAGCAGUGGAGCUUGCUUACAAUAUUGGGUAACUAUCUUUGACUAUAACCUUGUAAAUGUAAACCUACUGCAUGAAAUUUUGAAAAUUUGUCCUCCAUUGGCCAUUGCUGGCACAGAUCUUCCCUCUAAUUUCCUCAAAAGGUAUCCUUUUAUUCAGUUCAAUUUAACAUAAAGUGAUUACUAUGUAUUAGAAACUACUACCCAAACUAUAUAGCAUUAAAUUUUUCAUUAUGUAAUAACCUCUUAUAUUUAUUUAUAAAAUAAUUUAUGAAAGAUA